AAGAUAACUAAUAAUCAAGUUUUGAAUCAUUAUCAUUUUAGUAAAGUUUUAAUUUAAUUUUAGUAAAUCAUUAGUUUUUAAUCCUACACCAUAUCAUUUUCUCCAUUUAAAUCAACAAAUUAAAUCAACAACGCAAAAAAAAACAGUGAAAUGGAAGAAAGUGAAAUACGUAUUCCCAGCGAAUUAAUAGCUGAUGAAUACCUUCGUAAAGAUAACGAAACUGGAGCUUUAUAUUUUUUUAGUGAUAAUAAUUACAAAUACUUUGAUGAUGACUCAAAGCGGGCAUUUCGAAUUUGUGGUUUCAACAUAAAAAAAGAAAACCAAUUUCUUAUAGAUACCAAAGAAAACGUCUUAAAUAUUUUAGAUAAAAUUACAAACGAAAACCAUAAAGAGACUUCGUGUUUCAUUUUACUAUUUUUUGGUACAAUUGGUAGUAAUAACGAUGAAUAUAUUACCGAAUCUGGCGAUAAAAUUAGAGGGUAUGAAAUAUGGGGGAAGAUAAUGAAAUGUGAAACUUUAAAAUACCGACCAAAAAUUAUUAUUUUUCAGGGAUUUAGAGUAAUCAACACAACGCAAACGGAUUCAAGUAAUUCACGAAAAUCAUUGCCCAUACCCACACCACCGGACUAUGAUAUUCCUUAUUAUUCCGAUAUGUUAAUAACAUACAAAGUUACAGAAGGUAAAGAUUAUUAAUCGAAACAGUGGGAAAAUAAAAGAAAUUUUUGUGGA